UGAUUCAAAUACAUACUGUAAUUCAAUGAAACGUAGUAGUCUCAACCGCAAAAUAAACUAGGCUGCAGCAAACGGAAUUUGUCGAGAUCUGUGUGUUGCUUUCAAAAGUUGCUGUUACGAAUUGCUGUGUCGGGACCCGGUUUGGCCCAAGAGGAAAGGUGAUAUUUUUGUAUAUAUUUUUUCCGCUCCCUUUUUAGGCGUGGGAAAAUUAUUUCAAUUUCCAUCCGCACUAUAGUAAUAGUACAGUAAAGAGCGUAAGGCCUGUGAGGAUCGCUCAUGUAAUCUAAACGGCAUUUGGAACGGAGUGGUGAAAACUUUUAGAACGCAGCAAGGAUCACUUUCAUUGUUGUCGACAUUCUUCCGGGCAUGAAGGACCAAAUUCGUCUGGGUUAAGGGGCGAAUCGGAUGGGAAUUUUACCAUGAAAACAUUUUGGAAGGUAAAUAAGCGACCAACUUCGAGAGAAACCAAGCUUCAUUUGAGAUAACUUAAUGAAAAGAAAACCAAAAAAAGGAAUCUUCAGAACGAUUAGACCAAUCUUGUCAAAACAUUGGUCGAAUUAGUAACUUUGUGCAGUGUUAUUUCACAUGGAAACAAAUUAACAAUAGGUAGCCAGUGCUAAUACUUUCCCGGUAGUCUAUUGACAAAGACGGAUGCAGGCAGCGGCAGGCGAUGCCCAUGAUACAGUGUGUUCGCAAUUAAUGUUUCUCCUAAAGAUAUUGAGAGGUUAACUUUUAUUUUCUAGUAACAGUUCACCAUACUCAGAGUUAUCAAUGUAUCAUUGGCAAUACGUUGUUUAAUGCACGCCCCCGUAAUGGUUCUGAAGAAGAACGUUUACAGUCAUCUCUGAUGUCUUCUGUCUGGAACAAUUGUUUUACAUCAAUAUUUGAAAAAACGAAAUACACCAAAGAAUUGAAGUCUACACUGAACCCAUAUGUUCUUAUUUUAAUGGAUUAAACGAAUUUGAAUCGUUGUGGAACGCCCUUGGACGGACAUUGAAAGCCAAGACGAAGCCAUUCUCCAAAAUACAGUUUGUCAUUUUGAUGAAAAUGCUAACGUUAGUUGGAUAAAAUCCGUGUGGAAAAAACAACGGAAGCCCAAUGAGCGAGACACAGUCAACACUCACUGACAGGGUUCCCAAAAAAGCAACCAGGACCCUUAGCAUUCUCAGCAAGGACCACCCCCCAGACAAAAAACCCAAGAGUGACAAAAACACAGUCCCACCUCUGCAGGAGUUUGACCCUACUGGGCUUGUCCAGCGUUGUGUGAUCAUUCAGAAAGAUGAGAACGGCUUUGGGCUGACGGUGAGCGGAGACAACCCUGUAUUUGUGCAGCUGGUCAAAGAUGAUGGCUCUGCCAUGCGAGCGGGAGUCCAGACGGGUGAUAGGAUCAUCAAGGUUAACGGGAGCUUAGUAACACAUUCAAACCAUGUAGAAGUCGUAAAGUUAAUCAAAUCGGGCUCCUAUGUGGCCCUCACAGUGCUGGGGAGGCCCCCGGGACUGGCCCAAGUCCCCCUGUCAGAAGGUGAGGGUGGAGACCCAGGGGUCCUGUCGUCGUCCCUCUCCUCACCCAACUCUCCGGGAACAAUGGGGGGAACAGGGGAGCGCUGCUCCACCUCCACCAGUCCCCAGGACCACAUCAUCUCCCCGCUGCCCCUCUGGGAGGAGAAUAACGCUGUACACAGCCAGAAGGUGGACAUCUUAAAGAAGAAGCUGUCCAAGCAGCAGCAGGACUUACAGGCUAUGAAGGAGGAGUACAGCAGGAACCCCACAGCGAAACUACUGAAGGACAUCCAGGAGGCCAAGAAACACAUUCCUAUGCUACGUGGCCAACUCAGAAAGGCCACAGGCACACCUCAGGAUGGCUCCCUCUCCCCCUGGGACGGUGAGGGGGGGGGCAUUGGUGCGGCUGAUCGAGAGCAGACCCCCUCCUCGCAGGUAGAGAGUGGCAGCAAUGGAACCUGGACCAAUAUCACUGUGUCUCCCAGUCCCCUCCCUGAGAGUCCGUGCCAUAACCCAAAGACCACCCCCCGAGACAGCCUCAACUCCUGCCCCUCGCCUGACGCCGAGGACAUGCCGGACUUGAACUGUAACUUCCAGUGUAGUGUGGGCAGCCCCUUGACCUGUCUCAACCCCCAGAUCAUCGGAGCAGAGGACGACUACUUUGACACCGAGCAGGAACAGAUCAAUGGUCAGUGUUGUUGUUUCCAGAGUAUAGAGCUGCUUAAGUCUCGGCCCGCUCACCUGGCCGCCUUCCUCCAUCAUGUGGUCUCUCAGUUUGACCCUGCACCUCUGCUGUGCUACCUUUACGCCGACCUGUACAAGCAGACCAACUCCAAAGAGACCAGACGGAUCUUCAUGGAUUUCUAUACUUUCUUUAUGGACCGAGCAGCGAAUCUGAAAGUAGCUGUGCCUGAGUCUAUUGCCUCUGAACUAGAUCGGCGGAGACCUGAGCUGAUCCCAGAGGAGCUACACAGACAGUACACACAGCUGCUACAGGACACACUGCUACCAGACAUCCAGGGGAACCUAGAGGACUUCAGGCAAAAGCGCAGCAUGGGUCUGACCUUGGCAGAGGGGGAGCUGUCUAAACUGGACACAGAGAGGGUGAGAGACCACGUGGCGCUGGAUAGAGAACGCUCCUGUGCCGAACACAUCAUCUCCAAGAUAGAGGACGUCUUGCUGACGUCACAGCCCACAGAAGAGGAGAAGUGCACUACUAUGCAGUAUGUUAUCCUCACAUAUAUGAAACACCUGGGAGUUAAAGUGAAGGAACCUCGUAGCCUAGAGCCCAAACGAGUCCGCAUCAACUUUCUACCCAAGAUCAAGAAGAGCAUCAAAACUGAGAAAGAGGGGGAGGAUAAGGUGAAGAAGCCUCGUUUUCCCAGCAUCCUCGGCCCUCCUCGUCGGCCCAGCCGUGUGGACUCCACUUCAAUCGGCAAGGCCAUAGAGAUGAACAAACAGCGGGGCCCUCAGAAGCAGCUCUCCCAGCCCAUCUUAAGCAUCCCAGAUCUCCCAGAAUCCUUGGCCUGCGGCAGCCAAUCAAGGGAUCCAGGCUCGGAUGUGGCAACCGACCCCUCGGCCUUCAUCGCAUCACCCCCACACAGUGCCCCAACCAGCCAGGGCUCCGACCCCAUGAGACGCGAUUCUGACUCGGGUCUCACUCCCUCCUCCGCCCUGCCCAGACUGAGCUCUGACUGGCUCCACUCGGGCGACACCCAGAACAGGAUGGCCCACCCAACCAGCACCCACUUUGACUUCAGCCCCUGCACCCUGGACCAAUUGCAGGAGGAGGAGCGUGAGAGUGACGGAGUUCAAGAGGGAAGCACACCCAAACCAGCCCGGAGGAUGCAGGGUUUAGGCUGUCCAGAUGUGCCGAAUGAGGACGACCUGGGGAAUGAGAUCGAGUGCAAGCAGGACUCUCCCAACUGGCAGACGCUAGUCAGCCGAGAGGUCCUGGCGGGCCUGACGCCACAGGAGAUCAAGAGACAGGAAGUCAUCAACGAGCUGUUCUACACAGAGCGAGCCCACCUGAGGAUGUUGAAGGUUCUGGAUAACGUGUUCUACCAGAAACUAACCCGAGACAGCAUCCUGCCUCCUGGAGACAUUAAACACAUCUUUACUAACCUAGAGGAGAUUGUCCAGCUACAUGUGUCGAUAACAGAACAGGUGACAGUCAUUCGGAAGAAGAACGAGACGUCAGUGAUAGACCUGAUAGGAGACGAUCUACUAGCUUGGUUCAGUGAUGGCGAGGAGGAGAAGAUCAAGCGGGCGGUGGGCACCUUCUGCAGUAACCAGCCCUUCGCCCUGGAACUCAUCAAGACCCGGCAGAAGAAGGACCAGCGCUUCACCUCCUUUAUGCAGGAGGCUGAGAGCAACCGUCUGUGUCGCAGACUGCAGCUGAAGGAUAUCAUUCCAGUGGAGAUGCAGAGGCUGACCAAGUAUCCACUGCUGCUGGAGAGCAUAGCCAAGUACACAGAGGAUGCAGCGGAGAGGGACAAGGUGAAGAGGGCCGGGGAGUGCUGCAGGAAAAUCCUCAACUAUGUCAACCAGACAGUGAAAGAGGCAGAGAACAAACAGAGGCUAGAGGACUACCAAAGACGCCUGGACCUGUCCUCACUCAAACAGAGUGAGAACCCAAUGAUCUCAGAGUUCAAGAGCCUGGACCUGACCAAGAGGAAGAUGGUGCAUGAGGGACCUCUCUCCUGGAAGGUCAACAAAGACAAGACAAUCGAGCUGUACACGCUGCUCCUGGACGACAUCCUGGUGCUGCUGCAGAAGCAGGACGAGCGGUUGGUCCUCAAGUGCCACAGCAAGAACCUGGCGGGCACCGCCGACACCAAGCACAUCUUUAGCCCCAUCAUCAAGCUCAACACUGUGCUGGUACGCUCGGUGGCCACCGACAACAAGUCCUUCUUCGUGCUGUCUAUGUCAGACAACGGAGCCCAGAUCUACGAGCUAAUGGCCCAGACCGUGUCCGAGCAAAGAACGUGGCAGUGUCUGAUAACGCAGAUGGCAGACACCAUGAAGACGAAACCGCACAACAUCAUACCUUUACCUCAGACCGAUGCUGAGCGAGACGCAGUGGAGGUGAUCAGCACAGGGAUACCCAAACUGAGCAAAGACCCAGACCGCCUUUCUACGGGAAGUAUCCAGUUCGCAGAAAAAUAUGUCACUUCCUCGCCUGGUCUGCAACCCACGCCCACAUCGAUCAACCCAUUUGACAGCAUCAAAUCAGAUGACAAGGAAGAAGAGUCGCCGCUACUGCUAGACAGAAGAGAAGAGGAGGAGGAGGAAGUGGAGGAGGUAGACGAGGAGGAAGUUGAAGCGUGUCUGGUUGGAGAGCUGGCAGACAGACUGCCCUUACUCCAGGAGAGGUCAUGCCAAGGCAUUGCCAUCGAUGACCAGGAGCCCCAUGAUGCCUUCGUCAUGCCCCCCUCCAGAGCCGAGGAGGCCCUAAGAACCUUGGCAGCCCUGAGGCAGGUCCUUCUCAACCACAUGACAAGCAGAGAGGAGGGCAGCGACAAGAACAAUGAGAAUAGGAAGGAGAAGGAGCAGAGAAAGGGCUUGGCCCAUGGCGCCCGCCUGCUGAGGACGACGUCAAUGAGGGGCCCAGAGGACAGCAACAGCAGUACAUCGGGCCCUAGGAGCGCAGCAGCAUCCUCUCCUGGCUCCUCGGAGAACGGCACGGCGGGGAGGGAGGAGGGUGCCCCAGGAUCCUCAGAACUCCCGCCUGGGGACACAGGCUUCUUCGAGACAUCUGAGGACUAUGGCAGUUACAUUGUCCGGGGGGGCUCGGGGGAGAGCAGCACAGACGAUGACGGUCAGGCGAGUGGCAAGGGUGGAGGCAGGGCCCAGUGGGGCUCGGACAUCGACCUGAAGAAGCUGCUCUCCUCAUCCUCGCAGACAGGGGAUGCUGGCCCCAACCUCAGCCGUCAGGUCAUGACCCACAUCCGCCUGCUGCAGGCCAACCUGCAGCACUUGAAGAAAGUGGAAACCAAGUAUAAUGAACUGCGCCAAAGGCUGAGUGAAACCGCUACUGACACAGAGGAGAACAAAGAUGAGAGUUAGUGGUGACAGAGCCCCUAAUCCUCCACCACAAGAGAACAAAAUAGUGACAUUGACAGGAAGGGGGACACCUGGUCAACGUUCCCUGUCCUCUUGAUGCCCCCACAUCACCCCCUCCAAUCCAACCCCCUCCAAUGCUGCUUUUCCCAAAGUGGAGACUGAGACACCCCACAGGCACACACGGAAAUCAGGGAAGAACGCCACAACUCUCCACAGUCUUCUCACAAGGACCAUUGGACUAUAACCCCCUCAACCACCAGAUCUUUUUCCUCCUGUGGAUAAGAGUGUCAUCUUCCCAUUGCUCGCAUGCAUUGGGCCUUCGGAACUCAUCACUUUCAAUUUAUCCAGCAGGGUCCAGAAACACACUGUACGUGAUGCUAUAGUCCAACUUAAAGCAUCCCCGUGUGGUGGCUAAUGCUUUCGGCCUAGAGGAUCAUGGACCAUAGCAAAGGCACACCAAAGUGAGAAGUGUGCAGAAGAUCGAUCAAAUUCCGCUAGAACAAAACAUUUUAAGUUUAGAGAAUGGUCAUUGAGAUUUUAAAUCAGUGGUUUCUACUAAACUUCAAAACAUAAUAGUACGUUAAGUUAGCCCACCAUCAUGCCUAUAAUGACAUUCUGAAGUGAUUCUUUAAUCACCCAGGGGUGAAUCCUAACUUUAACUUAGUAAAAUGUUCCCUUCGGUAUGUAUAGAUGUGGAAGACUAUUGGAAGUGGAAGUUAGGGUUAUCCCCUUAAGAGGUCCUCAAGUAAUUGGGAUCUCAAGAAAAACAAGCAGUUCUCCAAAAAAAGGAAAAUGUUGUGCAUCUCAAGAAAUCGGACUAGUUCGGUCUGCUAGAUAGGUCUACUUUGCCAACCCAGUGAAAUACUGUUAGUAGUUAGUAAGAUACAUUUUUCGUAAUCUUUCAGUGUGGCUGUAUCUCCUCUGGCUGGCAUUAGUAGCACUUUGGAAGCAUGUGUGAUAUAGUAAAAUAUGAGAGGACAGUCCGUCGUUACUGUUAUUGACUUUCCCCUGAAGUGAUGUGGUAUUCAUCCAUCCCUAAUUGACAGUGAACCUCUUAGAUCGGGGGAACCCCCCCCCAGCUAUGUGCCCAGUAGCUGUACAUCCAAACUCUGUGUCCUUUGGCUCCAAGCUACUGAGGAGCUCUUCACUCACAAAUGUAGCUUCUGGGGUGAGAGCACAGGCCUCUGUGAUUUCAUGGUUGGAUUGAGAAAGUACUGGCACAACAAAUACUGUAUAUUAAUUUCACUCCAAUGUUAGCUCAGCUGGAAGAAUGUUUAAAUAUGAAGUUGUGGCUUGGAUUCUUGGAUGGAAACAAAGAAGUGAACAACAACAAAACAAGAGACUUCUAUGGACUAUUUUAAAUGUAAAAGAAAUACAAUUAUGUACAAUAAUGACAAACACUGCAUCUCUUAAAGUAAGAGAAAUCUUCAUAUUUCCUUGGUUUUGUUGUUAUUUUCCUUCUGCUUUCUACAUCAUACAAUCAUGUAUUAUUUUAACAGAAACUACUAAAACAUUUUAAAAAAUAAGACUUUUUUCCUCAAAUAUUAAUGUAAUUUGUAUUUUUAUUAUUUUUGUCUAGACUUUAUUAUAUUAUUAUGAGCACUAUUAUUAAUAUGGUCUCUGGCUCUGAAAACGUAAAUAGUUCUUUUUAGAUGAGCGAUUUAAAUUUGACUGAUCUAUUGUUUAAAAUGAAGGGAAAGAUUACAAAAUGUCUUCAUUUUGUUUCAGUUCAUCUUGCUGGGUAGAGGGAGGGAAAUAUGAGUUUGAAAUAUGAUUAAAGAAGCUGGCUGGAAACACAGAUGAUGGAGUAUUAUUCUCUGAGCUUGGAUGUGAAAAUACUGCAGCAUAUUUUGUUUCUUGUUUCGCAUAUUUAUCUUUCAUUUUAUUCGCAAUGCAAUGAGACCACACAUAUUUCCCAACUACUUGUUAAAGAUACUUAAAAGGGAAGUUCAGUAUUGCACAACUUAGGCCAGGAUUCAAUUUGAUCGCGCUUUGUCAGCUAUACAGCUUUAAAAGGCAAUGUUCCCGUGUUCACGGAGAACGCAUUCACAGUAAACGCUGACAAAGCAUGAUCGGAUUGAGUCCUGGCCUUAAUGUUAUGUGAUUCCUCACCCUGAAAGUAUUUUACACAGACUAUUUUUCAAGGUAUGCCAGGGUUCUUUCAUAUCUGAUCCCAAAAUUAUCCCAACAUUUUUUGUUGUGAAUUAACAGCACAAGUGUGUAUUAGAAAGAGGAGUCAGCCACUUUGGAAUUUAUAUAUUUUGACCAAGUAAAUUCAAACUUCGUUGAGCUCCUUUUUUUUAGAAUACACCCAAACAGAGUCUUGUAGUCCUACAUGUGUUGAUUGAUUGAUUGACAUGGAUUUUAUUGGGGGAAAAGAUGCGUUGAGUACAACCGAGUGAAAUUCACUUGUCUACAACAUGGUCCUGUAACGUCUGCUUCCAACUCACACUCUCAAACACGUAGAUCCCCUGAACGCAGCUCACUUUCCAGCUCACUCUCAAACACAUAGAUCCCUGGAACGCAGCUCCCUCUCCCUCUAUUUAGUUCAGUUCUUUGCAGCCCAUCAUUGUGAGGUAUUGUUUGUUUUGUGACACACUUCUAUUCGAAGCUCUGUUUUUCUGGUAAUUGAAUCCUCCCGUGUAUGAUAGUUUUUGCCUGCCUCACUAACAACUCCUUUUUGCCUAUUCCCUGCCUGUACUUUAGCCUAUCGUAUUUCCUGUUAUCAACCUAUUGCCUGAUCUCCCGGACGACGUUCCUAGCCUUUUCCCUGCCUGUACUGUUGCCUUUUUGGACCCCCUGUGUAUGACCGUCUUCCUGCCCCUGGACCCAGCUACCGGUCUCCCCCUGUAGUCCUUUACAAAUAAACACCUGCUGUGCCCUGCGCUUGAAAGCAGCUCUCUGCAGCUAUGUCUAGUCCGACAGGAGGAACGAAUCGAUGAAUUCCGACCUCCUUCGCCAGUCCAUUCCUGUGUCACCGAUAUCAGGUGCCACAGCCUCCUCUCGUUCAUCUCCCCCAUAUCCACGCCUAAUAAACACGACGGCUCCCCAGGGAAAUUUCUCAUGAAAUGUAUGUAACCUGUACAUAGACCAUCACCCCGUUGACUUCUUCAUCUCCCUACUCACAGGCAAAGCCCUGGAUUGGGUCACAGCCCUGCGGACUGCUCAGAGUUCUAAUCUGUCCUCUGAAUCACGUUCCCUCUUCAAGGAGGUGUUCGACCAUUCAGUUUCAGGUCGUCACACCGGGGACCUGUUAUGUGAGCUGCGACAGGGCCGUCGCUCCAGCACUGAGAAUGCCCUUGAGUUCCACUCCAUGGCUGCCGGCAGAGGAAGGAGUGAACCAGCUCUCCUUACAGUCUCCUUAGAGGGGUUGUAAUCGUAAAUUACAGACCAAACUGGCCUGCAAAGGAGAUUUAACGGACCUCAACCAAAACAUCCGGAUGUCCAUAUCCAUUGGCAACCUACUGGUGGACCACAGACCUAUACAGUCGCCCAUGGGCUGCGAGUCUUCCACGCCCUUCAUAGUCUAAUAGCCCCGAACCCAUUAUGGUCCCCCACGAAGGGGUGACCACGAAGGGGUGACCAUAACCCCACCACUUCGGGUAAGCACCUCUACGUUUUGAAUAUUACCAAAAGGCAGUUUGGUAUCCCAGCUCUUCUUCCUGCUAAUGGGGUCACUCUGUUUGUGGAGGGACUAGAGGGCUCUGGGGCGGCAGGUAAUUUCAUUGACGAACAAUUGGCACAACAGUUAAGAGUCAAACUAAUCCCUGUUAAUCCUCCCUUUAGGAUUAAUGCGCUGGACGGAUAACCUCUCGGAACUGGUCUUGUGACUCGCAUGACCGAAAGUAUCACCCUUCAGAUUAGCCUCCUUCACUCUGAGAUCAUUCAGUUAAUGGUGUUGUCUUAGCUUAAAGAACCCCUCAUCCUCAGUCACCCCUGGCUAAGCAUUCACGACCCUGCCAUCAAAAAGGAUGGCAGUCUCCAUCCCUGCAUAGAUUACCGACCCCUCAAUGACUUUCCCAUCAAGAAUCACUUCCCUCUUCCUCUGAUUUCGUCCGCACUAGAACAAGUUGGACAGGCUACCAUCUACUCCAAACUGGCCCUACAUAGUGCUUACAACCCAAUCUGUAUCCGAAGUGGGGAUGAGUGGAAGAUGGCGUUCAUCACUGCUAGGGGACACUAUGAACACCUCGUUAUGCCAUACGGUCUCACCAAUGCUCCUGCAGUCUUCCAGUCCUUCAUGAAUUAAGUUUUCCAGGACAUGAUCAACCAAUUCCUCAUCGUGUACAUUGACGAUAUCUUGAUCUACUCUCACUCCAUUGCAGAAUACGUACAGCAUGUGCAACACGUCCUCCAAUGGCUACAGGACCACCAUCUUUAUGUCAAGGCUGAGAAUAGCGCCUUUCACUUUAGUACGGUAACCUUCCUAGGUUUCGUGUUGACACCAGGAGGGGUCAACAUGGACGAAGUCAAAGUCACGGCUGUGCUCAACUGGCCCAAACCAACCACCGUAAAGGAACUACAACGUUUCCAAGGAUUUUGUCGUAGGAGUGGAUAGGGACACCUCCCAAAUUACACCGAUGUGGCUUCUUUUCCAAGAAACUGCCACCCAUCUGAGAGGAACUAUGAUGUCGGGAACCGAGAGCUCCUUGCCAUUAAGCUGGCUAUCGAAGAGUGCCGCCACUGGUUAGAGGAGCUCAUCACCCAUUCCUUAUCCUUACCAACCACCGAAAUUUGGAGUACUUAAGAAGUGCUAAGAGGCUCAACCCCAGACAGGCUCGCUGGGCACUCUUCAUCACCCGAUUCAGUCAACUUCACCGUCAUCUGCCUGGCAAUAAAAAUGUGAAGAAUGAUUCAUUAUCCCAUCUAUUUGACUCCCCUUCCUCUAACCCAGCUCCCGAGCCCAUCCUGCCUCCGUCUUCUGUCGUCAGCCGUCCAAGAGGCCCUACGCCACGAUCCAGCACCCCCCGACAGCCCUGCAGGCAAGACCUACGUUCUGGCGUCCAUCAGACUCCAACUAAUGCAGUGGUGCCAUACCUCGCUGAGUUCUGGCCAUCCCGGGAUCACCCGGACCACGGAGCUACUGACACUCAGUUCUGGUGGUCAUCCCUAACAGCAACUGUCCGAGAUUACUCUCUUUCCUGUCACGUCUGUGCAUGGAUAAAGAGCCCUCAUCAACUACCUACCGGUAAGCUGAAGCCUUUGCCUACACCACGUAGACCAUGGUCCCACAUCACUAUGGAUUUUCUCACUGAUCUGCCAGACUUUUCGGGCUUCACUACUAUUUUAGUUGUAGUGGACUGGUUCUCCAAGAUGUGCCGACUCAUCCCCCUUCCGCAUCUACCUAAUGCCAUGGAAAUGUCCGCGUGCAUGUUCCAACAGGUGUUUCUUCUGUAUGGGAUCCCGGAAGACAUUGUUUCGGAUCGGGGUCUCCAGGGUAUGGCGAGCCUUCUGGGACCGACUGGUGUCUCCAUCAGCCUAUCCUCCGGAUACCAUUCCCAAACUAAUGGGAAGAUGGAACGCCUGAAUCACGAAAUAGGGAAUUACCUUUGCCAACACUGCACACACCAACCACACCACUGGAGUCGCUAUCUAGCCUGGAACGAAUACUCACAGAUUUCCCUGGUGCAUUACUCUCUCCAUCUCCUUUUCAGUGUGUCCUCAGAUACCACCCCUGCCGCCGAUGAGUGGUUUGAGUGAGCCAGCACAUCGACACCUACAUCAAGCUUCCCUCUCCCAGAAACGGAUUUCUGACCGGCGUCGCCGACUUACUCCACUCUUCCACCCUGGUGUGUGGCUCUCUACCCGGAGCAUCCGGCUUCAUGACCCCUGCAAAAGUUCAGUCCCCGGUUCAUUGUUUCCUUCAAAAUAACACACCGCUUCAAUCCUGUCAUCUACCAUCUCCAGUUGCCUCGCCAUUACCGGAUCUCCUCAUCCUUCUAUGUGUCCCUUCUCAAGCCUGUGAGGUACCGCCCUCUCCAUCCUCCAGUGGCGCACCUCGGUGCACCUCCUCCGUUUGAUGUCGGCGGUGCACUGGCCUAUUCUGUCCAAGCCCUCCUUGACUCCAAGAGCCUUGGGUGGUCGCAUCCACUACCUGGUGGAUUGGGAGGGGUACAGACCUGAAGAACGUUCCUGGGUCCCCGCCCAGGACAUCCUCGACCCUGCCAUGAUUCUGGCUUUCCACUUUAACCGUCCUGACCACCCAGCUCCACGUCCCCGGGGGAGGCCCCCUGCUCAGCUUCCUAGGCCAUGAAGAGCCACCCGUGAGGGGGAAGGGGUACUGUAACGUCUGCUUCCAACUCACUCUCAAGCAUGUAGAUCCCCUGAACGCAGCUCACUUUCUAGCCUACUUUCCAGCUCACACUCUCAAACACAUAGAUCUCCUAAACACAGCUCACUCCCCAGAUCCCAUUCACCUGUUCACACACCUGUAUGUCAUUGUCACGCACUAUUUAGUUCAGUUCUUUGCAGCCCAUCAUUGUGAGGUAUUUUUUGUUUUGUGACACACUUCUUUUCAAAGAUCUAUUUUUCCCAUAAUUGAAUCCUCUGAUGUAUUAUAGUUUCUGCCUGCCUCACUAACGACGCCUUUUUACUUAUUUCCUGCUUGUACUUUGGCCUAUAGGAUUUCCUGUUAUCAACCUAUUGCCUGAUCUCCCAGACGACGUUACUGUUGCCUUCUUGGACCCCCUGUGUAUGACCUUCUGCCUGCCCCUGGACCCAGCUACCUGCCUCCUCCUGUGGUCUUUUACAAAUAAACACCUGCUGUGUUCUGUGCUUGAAACCAGCA